AGGGGUCAGGAGCCCGGCAAGGAGAGUCUGAACAAGAGCAGCAUUUUCCCGGGCUCUUCCAGCUGUCCUGCUCAGUCCCGCCGUCAGUUCUGAGCAGGGAAGAGAGACUGUCAGCACAAAUAAGGCACUUUUCAAAGGCGUAAAUUAUGAGUUACCAAAACUAUACGACAUCUCCACCACAUGGAGAUAUCGAGAGCUCUUCAGUUGGAGCAGAUGUGGCUGUUAUUGGAGGUGUGAUUGCUGCAGUGGUAUUUGUCCUCAUUUGCCUGUUGAUUGUGAUGCUCCGAUACAUGUACAGGCAUAAAGGCACCUACCACACCAACGAGGCAAAAGGAACUGAGUUUGCCGAAAGUGCAGACGCUGCUUUGAAAAAUGACCCUGCUCUCCAAGAAGCAGUGGAUGAGAGCAAAAAGGAGUAUUUCAUCUGAGAGGCAAGGAUUUCCAUGGAGAUUUCCCCAAGGGAAUCAGUCAGAAAUACUGCAUCAACAGAAGUGCUGAGAAAGAUAAUAUGAGGACAGAGGCAAGCAUCCUAAUUGAAAAGUACCUCUUUUCUUUUUUUGACAUUGGGUUGUUUCUUUUCCUCCACCCAUGAAGAACUGAAUGCCAGAUACUUGCCUGUUGAUUUUAUUAGCAACACAGCUGGUCUCAGUUGAAAUGGAUAUCAGAUAAGAAGAAACAAAAUCUCAGUAUGAGUGAUACACCAAAACCAGAUAAUGAUAGCAAAUGUCAAGCCUUGACAUUUGGUGAAAAUAGCAGAUGCCAAUGGAAAACGUCCUCUUAGAGUUAAUGAUGCAUCCUAUGCUGAUAUUAUACAGAACCACCUGAAAUUGAAUUUCAAAUGGUCACAGAACAAACAUCAAACUAAAUAAAGCUGAGGUACCUGGAACAAACACAGCUUUGUAGUCCAGAUAUCUCCCUCCUCCCCUUAAACGUGCAAUUUUAUGGGCACAGGGGAGUUUGUUUUGUUUUUUGAGGGAUUUAGAUCGAGAUAUUUUUAAAUUUUUAGAAUUUUAUAUAUAUAAAAGUCGAAGACACUUCAAAGAAAUAAAACGAUUGAAAAACAUGGAAAAUCUAAGAAUGAAGGACUUAUUUCUAACUUGCUCUGCAUGGCAACUUGCAAAUUGCAAAAUGUUGGAAUUUAUAGCGUAGGAUAUAAUAGUCAAUAGACUUACAAAUUUGAUUCCAGUUAGUUGUUAGGUUCCCUGCAUGCAUGCAUAAAUAGAUAGAUAUUAAAAGGUAAAGCAUCUUGUUUUGAGCAGGUCUUUUGAAACAACGGAGCUCAGCUAGAUUUUUUCAAGAAAGAUAUGUUUGCCUAAGUAUUUAUUUAUUUAUUUUGCAUUGGAAAAUUAUUUUGAACACCUGCUAAUAGCAUUUGGGAUAUUUACAGGGGGAGGAAUUCAGUUCUGGCACAGAUACCAAUAACGCUUUUACAAAUUCAAUAACAAAAUGCCGCUCUAAGGGCUCAUGUGAGUCCCACUGAAUUGUGUUGAUAUCUCCCUCUGUAUGUCCUCUAUAUAUCCUUCGCAUUGUGCUAUAUAUGAGAAUUACACCGACUACCAAUGCUUUAAUAUAAACAAAUAAACGAAGUAGUCUUGGUAGGUCACAUGAAAAGAUUUUGUUUCUUGCCUAAGAAUCUACGGAGAUGAAUUUCUUUACCCCAGUAAGCCAUCUUCCUAAUUGAAGCCCACAGUUAGCUCUGGAAAUAGGAUAAUUGUUCUCUGCACCUGUUCAUCCCCAGCUGCGACAGUGCCCUGGACUACUGAAAAUAGAAGAGGAGGAAUAUGUGAUAACAAAUAGGACACCGAUGAGCUCUGCUCAACUUGAUAUGUUUUUCCUGUGAUUUGGUCUAUAUAUGUGUGUGUAUACAUAUAUAUAUAUAUAAAGUCACCUACAACUUGUGCUUUCAAGACAUUGUUGCUGAUCACGCAUACUCACUUCUUGGCACCAAGGACUUGGAAAGCUCCUGUACUCCAGCAUAUCUCAUUCAAUGUUGACUGCAUAAAUGUUAUAGGGAAGACAGAUCUAAACAAGAAAAGACACUGGAGACCCAAGUAGAGUUGGUGAAGAAAUGGGAUAUUUUUGUCUAUUCAAUCACAAUCUGUCUUUUCUCAGUACCUGCAGGAGGUGGACUCUGAAUUAUCCUUAGAAUCCCAAUAGCUUAAAUUUUGGCUAAUCCUGCAUGUUUGCAUUUUAUCCAAAGAAUAACAAAAUCAUGCCAAAUUUACUAACUGCUUAAGAUAUUUUUUCAUAAUAUACUGUUGCACAAGCACAUUUUAUUUUGUUGUUAGUACAGUAUAAAAUGCACAUAAUCCAGCACUAGCAGAGCUCAUAUAUUUUGAUUUUAUGCACUUGAUUAUUUCCUUUUAAAGUACAUUACUAUUUUAAUGUUUUUACUACUUUUGAAAAAGGAAUCUGGCUUUAUUUUUCUGGGACAAAUGUUGGCAGCAAUUUACUAAUCUUAGCUCUAAGGCCGAGUUUGCAAAACUGAAGAUUCAUCCUUGACCUUCCAGUUGAAUAAAAAAGUAAAUAUUUCCCUGAUGAGAGGGCAAAUAGGGUGUCUUGAGCUCUGUCAUAUCCCUCACACAAGGCACAGGAACACCCAAAAACUUUUCUUGAAUGCUAGCAGGACCUACGGAGGGCGGCCAGCCUUUCAGCACCUUCUGUCCCCUUUUAUAUAUCCCGACCCACAUGAUCUAGGCUUGGCUAUUGAAGAAUAUUUACUUAAUUGAGUUUUAUCUGAUACUAUCCAGGUGAUAGUCUGGAACAAAUUUUCUUCUAAGUUGUCCUGAAUGCUCAGGGAACUUAGAGCAAGGUGUGAGGGACAUUGGGAAUAGAUUCCUUCCUCUCUCCCCAGUCAUGAAAUUAUCUAGUUUUUAUAACAUGAGCCUGCUGAUUAGAAUUAGAGAACUGUGAGAUACCUGAGCGUAGAUGCAGAGAAGAACCUGCAUCUAGUUCUCUUUUGGUUUUGGUUGAUUGUUUUUUUCAAUUAUAGUGUGGACAGAGCCAAACAAGUCAUGUUCACUAAUGAUAUCUGAACUAUAGAGGCUAGAUUUUCUGGUGACAUAAAAUGAAUCUGGUGGAGUUCAGCCAAUUCUUACCAGUUCAGUCAGUCCCAGACUUUGUGUUAUUGCCUCCCCUAAAUCUAAACUGAAUGCAGCUACAGGACUUUCACUAUUUCCCUUCUUAGUAACUAAUUAAAUAUCUUUAUCCCAUUUUCCCUAUUCAUCGAGGCAAACAAACUGUCCAAGCAUACAGCAACAGCUUCCCAAUUAGUGAUGAGCCACCCUGAAUGUUUGUGGAGCAGUGAUUCUGGCAAGAAUGAUAGUUUCAGUUAGUUUAUUUUUUCCAGUGUCCCAUUGGGUUCCAGGACUUUGCAAACUUAGAAAUGACUAAAGCACCCUGAACAGAGAGAAGAGCUAGUUUGUAAGGAUUUUUUGUUUUUUUGUCUUUUUCAGGACAAAUUUUGCUCUGUAAUGGAGAGAACUCAUGACAUCUGAUGACUGGCAGAGCUCUAAUGGCCUGAUCCUGCUGUUUUUUACUCAUACAAUAACUCUAGUGUCUUGAGUCAUUCAAUUUAGCUAUAAAA